AUGAGAUUGUUUGAGAAUAGUUAUGAUUUUGAGUACCCUUGGGCUCAUGUUACUGCUGCGAACUGGAAGAAGUAUCCAAACGAGAUCUCGACUCAUGUAGUUGCAGUUGACGUUUUGAGAAGGGAGUUGAAGGAUGAUGGGAAGUUGUUGGUCACUGAAAGACUGAUUACUUGUAAACAGGGUGUCCCUAGAUGGAUCAUGAUGAUGUUGGGUGGUAGCAAUGUUAGUUAUAUUCGUGAAGUUUCAAGUGUUGAUAUUGAAGCGAAAAAAUUGACUAUGAGGAGUUGUAAUUUGACUUACUCUAACUUGUUAAAGGUUUAUGAGACUGUCAACUACGAGCCUCAUCCAAAUGAUCCUGAGAAUAAGACUUUGUUCACCCAGGAGGCCCAGAUUACGGCUUAUGGUGCCAUUACAAGAAUUUGCAAUAAACUUGAGGAAUGGUCCGUACAAAGAUUCCAUGAUAAUGCGUUAAAGGGUAAGAUGGGGUUCGAUUCAGUGUUGGUUAAAUUCGAACAACACUGGGAACAAAGAGAAAAAUACGUCGAUGAAAUCGGUACUACUAUCAGAAAUAAAGUUAACGAAACUGUCGAAGACAUAAAAAUUACUGCGGAAGAUUUGUUAAAGGAAACUGAAAGAAAGAAAUCCAUAUUGUACCAACACCGUGAGCUUCUAAGAGACGCUUUCGAGGAUAACAGAGUUUAA